GGCAGCGCGCAUGUGAAUGUCAUGCCAUCUCAGUUUGUCACACAAAUCACUUUACGUGUGGGUGGCUUUACUCAUGUAUUGAUGCUGACAGGUAAAUGACAUCUUGCGGAAUUGUGCUUUCAUUCACCUCAGUCAGCUAAGGUCCGGGAAAACCGUAACUUAGCAACUUAUUCUAUUAGCUACCUUCUGUCGGUGGUAGCAUUUUAGCUAGCAGGUGGUGAACCACAGACGGAAUCACAAUGGAUCCUGACCAACAGCUGAGAAAUCUGCGGGAUUUCCUUCUGGUUUACAACCGCAUGACUGAAAUCUGCUUCCAGAGAUGCUCCAGCAACUUCAAUUACAGAAACCUCACCAUGGACGAGGAGCGCUGUGUGGACAACUGCGCGGGGAAGCUGAUUCGCUCCAACCACCGCCUGAUGGGCACCUAUGUGCAGCUGAUGCCUCGGAUGGUGCAGCGGCGGAUGGAGGAGAUGGAGAGCAAGGCCGCAGAAAAUGCCAAGGCAGCAGAGGCAGCUGCUGCUGCAAACGUGGCGCCUCCUGCCACGGAAGCUACGCAGCCACCUCAAAGCCCCAUCACCAUAUCUCCGUCCACACAAGUGCCUGCUCCGCUGUUAAGUCCCUCAGCGACUGAUGUCGCGCCAGAGGCCCAUGGCUCAUUCUUAAAGCCAGCAGGAUUAGAUAUUCCAGUUGAGUUUGACGCUGCUGUGUCCAAAUCCACAACAGCCACAGAUGUCAAAUUAUCAGCUGCCACAGCACUUACACCUGCGACUGAGGCGGUAUAUCCCUCAGUCCUUAAUGAUGCUGGUAAUGGACCAUCUUAUGCAGCAGGCUUUCCUCAGCCGCAGAUAGCGCCUGUCUCUGUGCUAUCUAACACAACGUCCACAUCGGCAGACGUGCCUGUGUCAACAAUAGCUGCAACAAAAUCCACAGAGAGCCUGCCAGGCCAAGAGAGAGCCCCACAGCUUCCCCCGCCACCAGGCCAGUGAUGACGCCCGGUCUGGGUCUGUCUUGGGCGGUGGAACUGUCCCUGACUCCCACCAGAAACGACCUACAUCACUGGCAGACCCAAAUGUGAGAAGAACAGACGAUUAAUAGAAUGGCAUAAAUUAUGAAAUAACAUGUUAACUUCUCAACAAUAUUGUAUAUCAUAUUAUCAUGACUUCCAACCUUUUCUGGCUGCAGUAUCUUAAAUGUGACAACUAAGUCAUGGAAUUAUGUGGUUAAAAAAAAAAAGUGUAAACAAAGCAAAAUAUGUUUUAAAUUUUAUGAGGUAUUCACGUGUGGUCCUUUGCAUCAGCUAUAUAUAAGAUUUCUCUAAAGUUAGGGUGUAAAGUCCACAUUUAGUGAUACGUUGAAACUAAUUAGUUUGAUACUAAAGUUAUGUUGAUGUUUGGUUGCACUAUGGAGACAAAAGGUUCAUUUUAAUUACUCUGUCAUUAAAUACAAACCAACCAAACUAUUAUUGCAGAAAACUGUGUUUUCAUUUUCAUGAGGCCAAUCAGUGAAGCUCUUUAUACAGUGUAUACAUACUUCAUGAUAUAAUGUGUUUUAGUGUGAGAGCCCAGACAGGAAGGAGGCUGGGUGGAUGCAAAGCUUGAGACUUUUAUACCAGACUGUUUUAAAAGUGAGAUCAAAACAGUAUUAUUAUCGUCCUUGCACACUUUGCUGAACGUCAGCAUCAAGGCUAAUGGCUGUGGCUGUCAUUCUGGUUUAGUGUGCCUUGGAUUUUGAACAUAUCGGCAACAGCGUCGGCAGCAAAUUACCAUCACGCCUCCUUCAUGCUUCACAGUGAGAACGACACAUGCAGAAACCAUCCGUUCACCUUCUCUGCGUCUCAUAAGAACACAGCAGUUGGAGCCAAAACAUCUCAGAUCAUCAGACCAAAGUACAGAUUUCCACUGGUUUAAUGUCCAUUCUUUGUGUUUCUUUGUGAAGGCCGUUUAAAGCAGUCUUCUCUGAACAGCUGAUGUGGAGAUGUGUCUGCUACUUGAACUCUGAAGCAUUAAUACACUCUCUAAUCUGAGGUGCAGUUAACUGGUGAUUUCUGAGGCUGGCAACUGUAAUGACCGUUAAGAAUCUAAAAUUUUGAGUUGUUUAACACUUUUUUGUGGACCACAUAAUUAGAUACAUAAAGCAUUGAUG